UAUAAUCUUAUGCCACAGAAGAGGUUUGAACUGCUUGAAGACGGUGAAAUUUUCGACGGCGAUGACAGUGACGGCGAUGGCGAAUUUGUGGAUGAGGAAGAAAUUUCUUCCAGUAGGCCAAUGAAUUCCAUUGGUUCUAAUAAGGUGGCCGUUAUAUCAACGGGCGUUGAGGACGAAAAUGAAGUCGAUAGAAUUAUCAAUGAAUUUCGACAAGAAUUGUUACAACAGUGCAAAAAUCAAAUACCAGAGGAAAAGCAAGAUGUUGGCAUUGAUAGUGAAAUGGUCGAUUCGGAAGAGGAUGAAAAUACUCUUCGACGAGCUGCUAUAAUAUCGUGCAAAAAAAACAAUGUCUUAAAUGAUGAUAAUUGUGAUGUUGAAGAAGGCGAGAUUAUUGAAAAUGGGCGAGAUCACCACAAUUGGGAUAAGUUGCUGCAUGAUACUCGAAUGGAAAUUGAAGCAAAAGCCACUGAUAAAGGCAAAAUCUGUGGCGACAACUAUGAACAACUUGCUAUGGAAAUUGUCGAUAGCGACGAUGAAAAGCAGGAUAAUUCCAUGAAUAUUUCUUCUAAGCAAAAUAGUGAAAUGGUUAUUGCUAAGGAACAGUCUACUGAUCAUGAAGAUGAAGCUGAAAAACUUCGUGCUGCUUUGCUAGAACAGUUGAAUCAAAAUCAAAAUUCAAUGAGGAAAGAGAAUGAAGUCGAUGAUAUUGGCCAUGUUUCUUCCAGGCGAUAUUUUUCUGCAGUCGAAAGGCAAAAAUUAAAGGAACUUGAAAAGUCGAUUGAAGGUGAAAAGAUUGAAAUUCGGAACAUAGAGAACCGUUUAUAUCGUAAAGACUCUGAAAGAAUAUAUAUUUGCCAGAAGCGAGAAAGAUUACUGGAACAACUGGAAAAUUAUUCAUAUCAAAUUGGAUUAGUUGAAGGAAAAGUAUUUUCCCUGAGGAAUGAUUUAAAAAGUGCACAGGGACGAUUAUACAAUUUAAAAAAGAAAUAUGCAGUUGUUAAAGCUGAUUUAGCUGAUAAAAUAACUGAAAGAAAAUUGAAAAAAACUGGCGAAAGGCGUUCGGAAUUUGGAAAGUAUACUACUGCAAAUGUACGGAAACGGAAGAGAGUUGGAUCUAAUGAAAUUCCUCAAGAUAAUGGUAGUAUGAUGGUUUAUCCAGAGCAAAUUUCUCACGACCAUAGUCUUCCCAAAACAGUUCCAAGCUCGCAUUCAUUUAAUGCUGCUUUAUCAUCAUCUGCUGACAAAGUUAAUGAGUGCUCUGAUAUGAUAUUCAAUGAAAAUCCUGUGCAUUCUAGCGUUAUUGAAAAUCUUGGAAAUUUUCAAGAAUCUAAUUUGACAUUUGAUUCAGAGAAAACUGGUGUUACAGAAGAAACAUUUUCGAAAUAUGCCUUCAUGAAAUCUACUACAGAGUCAUUUGAUGAAAUGGCUAUAGGAACUGGAGGAGAUACAUCACAGGCGAACGAAAAUAUUUUUUCAUAUUGUCCAUCUGAUGAGCGAGAAACAAAUCAACUAGUGCAGCCUAAUUCAACACGAAAUCAUUAUUGCGUUGCAGGAAACGAAAAAAAUAGGCUAAAGCAAAAAAAACAGAUUGUUACAAGUGAAGAAAAUGGGUUAGACUGUGAGGAAAUAAGUUCCGAACUGGAAAAUAAUCCUUUAUUUAUGUUUAAUGGAUAUCGGUUGUGUUCCACAUUUCCUUACGAAUUUAUUCAUCAUAAAAGCAUAAGUAACAAAAUCGAUCCGUUGCGUCCACUUUGUCCUUACGAAUUGUUUGGCAUAUGUAAAGACCACGAGUGUGUCUGGCAACAUGUCGAAGAUUACAUCAUCUCCGACGAAGAAUUAAUUUGUGGCGUAAUUGCACAUUAUCCUGCUCUUUGUCCUCCCGAUAAAAGUUUUUAUAUUGGACGUUUUGCAGCUGAGUAUGCCAAAGAAUUACUUGAAAAUUCAUCACAAACAGUUGGAGAGAUUAUUCGGAAUAUGCUAAAUAGUGUACCUUCAUCCAAUCGUAAAAUAAUACCUUGCGAAAUGAUUGCGAGAUGUAAUUUACCCAAAGAUUUUUGCGACGAAGAGAAUGCGAAUGUUGUAUAUGAAGUUCCAGAGGCUUUCAAAAAGCUAAUCUUAUCAAAUGAUGUUUUAAUUUAA